GCGUGUGCUUGCAGGGAGACCGCAGAGUUGGCGUUGAGUUCGCUGAGACAGGAUCGUAUUCACCGGACGUUAGUCUAAUUAGUCACAUUCGUAUAUAUAAGGAUAGACAAGGGAGCAGCUCCGCGUCCAGACAUGAAGUUCUUAGUGUUGGUCGCCGUCUUCGGCUUUAUUUGCCUGGCUGUCACCACAGCAAAACAUUACGAUAAGAGACAAACCCCCGCUGAGGCCGCCGCCAAGACAGCCGCUACCGCGGCAGAAGCAGCACGCAAGACAGCGGCCGACGCCGCAGAAGCAGCACGCAAGACAGCCGCCAACGCCGCAGAAGCAGCAAGUAAGACCCGUGGUAAGAGACAAACCCCCGCCCAGGCCGCCGCCAGGACAGCCGCCGACGCAGCAGAAGCAGCACGCAGGACAGCCGCCACCGCCUCCGAAGCAGCACGCAGGACAGCUGCCAAUGCCGCAGAUGCAGCACGCCGGACAGCCGCCAACGCUGCGGAUGCGGCACGCAGAGGCUAGCAGCAGCCUAGCAGCAG